CCACCCCGUCACUAAAUCGCCUCCAGACACGGUGUGAGCGUGCUGAACGACAACGUCCCUCCGCCCCGUCGAUACCGUACUGAGCAGAGCAGAGCUGUCGUGCCGUACUCGUUCCCGCACCAUCUGUUGACAUGGCUCCCACAGCCCCCGCCGCGGCGAGCAAUUCGCCCGCCAAAAAGGCCACUUCUGCCCCAGAGAAGAAAUACAAGUGCCAGUUCUGCAAUCGCGCCUUCAGUCGAAGUGAGCACCGCAGCAGACAUGAGCGAUCCCACACAAAAGAGAGACCCUUCAAAUGCCUAAAAUGUCGGAGUACAUUUGUGCGCCGAGACCUCCUCCUCCGCCAUGACCGCACUGUCCACGCCAAGGAUGGAGGAAUCCCUCUGGUGACUGAGGGACGCAGGCGUGGUGGUGGUGUGCAGAAGACUUCGCCUGCCUCAGGCUCGUCCAAGCCAUCCAUCACCAUCGACCCAGCAACGUUGGAGCAGAUUGAGGCAAGCAGUGAUGGUAUGGUCGAUCUUGAAACUGCAGCUAUGUUGAUGACAGAUUUCCAACAUAAGGCCGCGGCAGCUGCUACUGGUCAAGUCAACGAUCGUGCGGGAUCGAAUCGCUCAUAUUCGCCGGAACGCGGUCCUCUGCUGGAACCUUCCGUCGGAUAUCUGUCUGGCAACGCGACGCUCCCGCAGAUGCCCUGGGACACCCUGAUCUCUCCCUCGGAGACGAAGCACCACCCGAUGACCAACUCGUUCGCGUCGCAAGAGUCCGCGGCCCAUGGUCACCAGCUUCCCUCGAUGAUGGAGCGCGACGGCCCCGUCGGUGAUGUGCUUGCGCCAUCGCUGCACUCGUUUGUCCACUCUCUCCCCAUGUCUGGCAACUCGACGCCCAAUGCGCUGUCGCCGUAUCCGUCCAUGACGGGUCCCGUCAGCCCCGUGAACUAUCGCCGGUCUCCGGGACCGAGCCAGGCUCUGACGCUUCCCAAGGCUCCCCAGAUCGCCAAUGAUAUGGAGCGCAAUAUCAUUAUCGAGCGGGUCAAGAGUGCAGAUGCGCUGUCUACGCUACCAGAUACCUUCCAGCUCCCCUCCACGGCUUCGCUAAAUCGCUAUCUGUCGACGUAUUUCAACCUCUACCACCACCACUUGCCGUUCCUGCAUCAGGAGUCCUUCAAGCCCACGACCGUAUCUUCGCCCCUACUGUUGGCUGUUCUGUCCAUUGGUGCUCUCUACACGUUUGAGCGCGAGCAUGCAUUCAUGCUGCACGUGGGCUCAAAGGUGUUGGUGAACCAGUUCUUGCAGCACAAGGAGAACUUUGACUCGCGAAAAUGCCCUCUGUGGGCCAUGCAGAGCACCCUCUUGAACAUGGUCUUUGAGAGCUGGAGCGGUGACCCUAAGGGCCUGGAGUGGACCUGCUCGAUCAAGAGUCUGCUUGCGAACAUGGUUGCCGGAAACCGAUAUCAACUGAAGCUGCGCACUGAGGCUCGCGGAGGUGUUGCCCCGUCGCGCGAGGAGUGGAUCGAGGAUGAGUCGUGUCGCCGGACGUACUACGCUGUGUACAUCUUCUUUGGCAUGUUGACGCUUACGUUCAACCACACGCCUGCGAUGAGCUUUGACGAGUUCGACAGCUUGGAGCUCCCAUCUUCGGAGUCUCUAUGGAACCUCGAAGUGACGGACGAGGAGACCUGGCGCCGCAGCCUGGCCUCUUCGACUGUCGUUACUGUUCGGCAAGCUCAUGACAGCCUGUUCCAGGGUGAACAGACCCGCUACAGUGCCUUCGCUACGCGAGUCAUGAUCAACGCUCUCUUCCUGCAGGUCUGGAGCCAUAAGCGCAGCUUCGAAGCUCUGCAGGAUGUCGUGACCGAGUACAAGCUUCGUCUGGCUCUGGAGACAUGGGAGAGCUCUUUGGAGGUCUGCGAACCGGAGACGAUAGUUGUGCCGUUGAGCACCCCUCAAAAGGGCCAUCCCCUCAUCUUCAACUCGAUGGCGGUGUACCGAAACACUCGCGCCCGCCUGGAAGUUGAUCUCAAGUCGAUUCAGGAGGCGCUCCGAUACCACUCUUCCUAUGAAGUUGCUGCCGCUAUGACCGUUGCUCGGGAGAAGGUUAAGCGCUCCCAAGAGAUGAACAAGGUCAUCCAGCAGUGCUUCGAGUGUAUCGAAAUCGCAGCCAUCCAGGGCAUCAACUGGGUUGCCAAAACCUCCGCGACAAACUGGAGUGUCGAGCACCCACUCUGCGGCCUUGACCUGAUGGUCAUUCUCAGCCUCUGGCUCUAUCGCCUGGAACAUGACGAGGAGCCAGCCACCGAGGCUGAGCUGGCUAUCUACAACAAAGUGCGGAAUCUCUUUGAUGAUGACUCCGUCGAUGCAUUCGGCAAACUUAGCUCCACCGUGGCCCGUGUAUGGGGUAACAUCCUAGACGGUGUGGUAGUUUGGGGAAUCACCAAGCUUAUGGGUGAAUCCUUCAAGCUGCACGCUCAAGCUCUGGUGGGCUAUGAAGACUCCCUGGUCGCUGCCAAGGAUCAGCCGUUGCAGCCGAUGCCAACAAAGGGUCUCGCCAGUGUCGGAACUGCCUAUUAGGCUGUCCGAACCUGCGACCUCUUUUCUUUUCGGAAACCUGGCUUCCGAUUACAUUUAAUGACUCUACACUUCUCUCUCUCGUUUGCCAAGUCCCACGUGGAGAACUUUGUUCCCAUUGUUGGUCAGGGCCCUACAUUUUCCACAUCAGGUUUCAUCACUCUCA